AUGCGUGAUUUUCCGCAAGGAAGCUUCACGCUCCCUGUGGAUUUCAGGCAAAUGGAAGGGAGGAUUUGCUCCAUCCGGGCAGCCCCCAGUCUCGACCACGGAGAGCUGGCUCUGAUGUGUCAACGGGACUGCCCGACUAAUCGUCUCCCUCGCUCUCCCUUCGGGUUGGUGGAUUGCUAUGACCAUCCACUGCAAACCGUUCGUGCCGUUGUCGACCAACCUGACUAUGGUCGAGGGGUUCCUGCGGGUGACUUGAUUGAGCCACAAGAUGAAGUUGGAGAGCCCGAUGCUGCACAGAUUGAGACUCCUGGCCAAGGAGCUGACCAUGACCUAGACGAGGUCGGUCUGUUUCAGAACUUGCGUCUUACCAGCUGGCAGGUCGGUACCUUGUCGGAACCUACAGCUGAGAAACAAGCUCCGCCAGCCCUUUGUCUGAUCCCAGAUCCAUGCCCACCCAUUGCAAAGAGGCCACCGCUUCACCCAGACAAUGAACAUCCCAGUCGACCUCGAUCCAGUGUACCUGGAGAGGAUUGUAUCGUGCCUACCUUCGCACAGAAACUUAAGUCUGAGCCGCUGCUGGUGGAACCUCCAGCCUACCGGGACUGGAAGUUUUUCGACAGGACGGUUGGAGAGAUGCCCAUCCCUUGGGACUUGAGGGGACUGGACCUUCAGAUUCGUACGGUCAGACACAAGCCGGCGCAAUUUGUGAGCGACGCCCUCAUAGAACUGCAGACCUUGCUCCCGGCAGGUACCGAUCUGGAUGGCCUUUGGCGUUCUGCAGCAUUACACAUUGCUGAUGCCCUGGGACCUCUCCCUGAGCGUCUCCCAGAUGACCUUCAUGACGUGCAGGCCUUUCGGGCCUUCCGUGUUGUGUCCGAAGUACUGCAAGUGCGCGAGCUCCGAGCACCAGUCUUCUUUGGAGGAUCGGGUGCUUUCGAGACCACAACAGUCACAACCACUGGCGUGCACGCCUUCGGCACAGCUACAUGCCCGCCCGUCCUUAGGCUAGUUGUGUUCAGGGGUGAUCUCUCGGUGAGCAUUGAUCUGACGUCCCCGUACACUGCCUUCGAUGAGGCUAUGGCAAGGCUCCUUCAGCAUUUUCACUUGCAGAGGCCAUUCCAUGCUGGAUCUACGGUCACAUUGGCCAGGGCACUCCCUCCUCAGCUUGGGUAUCUGCAAGAAGUUGUUUUCGUCAUUAAUGAUGAGCACGGGCAGGUUCCUGUGGUCUGGGAUGCUAGGGGCAUAGGGGGUGCCAUGGUUGUUCACUAUGUCCCUUGGAUCACUGUUUGUGAAUUUGUGAUGCCGCAGACCUGGCGCUCGCAGCGCUGGACUUCAGCAGUCAAUGGAUCACCGGUGCACCUCGUGCCACGAACAGUCGCGCCCGGUGAUUUCAUACAACCACACUGGGGUGACAGGCCCCCACAAGCAGUGCCCCAAAGCCUUGUUCUGGAUCUGGCACGGGUCUUGCGUGGUAUUCCCUCUACGGCUGAUAACAUCCUUUACCCACGCAUUGGCCUUCGUCAUGGUGAUGUUCUCGAUCCGGCAAGAUUCGAGUUCCCACCCAUCCCCAACUCAAGUGAAAUCGAGGCCGAGGCGGACACUCAGCCCAUGCCGAUGCCCAAUGAGCCGACUAUCGCCGAGGCUGCCGGCCGGAGCGAACCAAGGUCACCAGAUGAAGAAGCCACAAUCAGCCAGCACCAUGAUCCGGUAGCUAUGCUUCAGUUGCAAAGCAGGCUGUUCUCUAGGAUGGCGCAGAAUCAGCAGGAAAGUACUUUCCCAACUCAGCGCGAGGUACACACCGUCGAUGGACAGGGAAAGAAGGCGCCCCAUGGCGUCAUUGUGCCCACCCCUUUUGGUAGGCGCUCUCUACCGGAGACUACUCCGGUCUCACGUCCCAAGACGCUCAUCCUUGAGGACCUGAUAGGACCUAUCUCAGCGCCAAUUGAAGCGGCCCUCCACUUCCCUACGACCAGUGAGAUGCCUGAGUUGCUCUUUGAGCCCUUUGGACUGCAUGCAUUCUGCUUGACCAUUCCCAAGCAAGUGCGUCUGCACAGGGCGGCGCAGCGACUCCUUGACAACCUCACAACGUGGGACCAAACCAGCCGCUUCGAUGCCGCCAUGUUUUUCAUUGAUGGUUCGUAUAAGGACGAACAGGCCUCUUGGGCUAUUGCUGGAUUUGUCCUUGUUUCAGGAGUCUGGCAGUGGGCAGGUUAUCUAGGGGCCGUCCUGGAUCCCAAAUUUGAAGCACGCUCCUCCUACGAGCCGGAGCUAAUGGCUCAAUUGGCUGCACAUUGCGCUGCAGCCCAAUGCCAGGCACCGGUUGCCAUCUAUUACGAUUCCACUGCAGCGGCCCAGGUUGCAGGAGGUUCACAGGCGCUUGGAGGCAAUAACGCGAUUGCGGACGCUCUCGUAGCAGCGGCAGCCUACUUGCGGACCGCACAUAAAUCCCCCUUGUUGCAGCACACUCCGUCACAUCAAGGCAAUCCUGCAAACGAACUUGCAGAUUCGCUGGCCCAAGCGUUUCUUACGGCAGCCAAACCUGAGGUGCAUGAUGUGUUUGAGCCACUUCGGGACUCGAUACUGGCAAGAGACUUAGCGUGGUUGUGGGUUCGAGCGCCGCGCUGUGGGACUGUGCCUCCUGUGGACCAGUGGGGUGAUUCUUUUCCUGCUAGGCGUGUUUUACCGGGCCGGGUCAUCCCCAAGCCAGCCGAGUUUGCACCACCCUUGGCAGCCUCCCCACAGAACACCCUUUGUUGUGAGCUUCGGCUUGUUUCUUACAAUGUCCUCUCAGCAAAGGCUGCUCUGCAACGACAGUGCUUGCAAACUGCUUUCAGGCAAGGUCACUUUUCGGCCUUGGCAUUGCAGGAAACCAAAUACGCGGCCGAACCGGCGCAGGUUGUUGAUGGUGUGCUUCGCCUAUCUGGGCCUUGCCAGCACGGCGAGGAAGGUGUUGCCCUAUGGUUCAACGUGGCUAGUGAAGGGGUUCCUUGGAACCGGGCUCACAUUGCCACUACCUUCGCACACGCCAGACUCCUAACUGCGCUAGUUAGCCUUCCGGGCCUCAAGCUUAUGUUCUUCUCUGGUCACGCCAGGCCUUCCACGGCCACAGCCGACCAAAUUGACGAGUUUUGGGAUCUAGUCAGGCAAAGGCUUAGAGCGCUACCCCCUGAUACUGCGCCCGUGCUGCUAGUCGAUGCCAACGCCAGGUUCAGUGAGGAAGCGGGUUGCCUCCGGCCGCUCAAUCGCAAUGCCCGCCAUUGGCAGCAAAUUCUGACCGAUUACGGUCUCAGCCAUACGGGGAUACGUGCCUCUGAUGGGGCCCUGCUCCGUACGUGGACCUCACCUUGCGGCCAAGGUGCAUGCCUCGAUUUCAUUGGCUUCCCGUCCACCUGGACCCAGGCACUUCGGCAUGUUGGCACAGUUGAGCUGGUUGACGAGUUCACCGGCAUCGACCAUGACCCUUUGAUGGCCUGCUUCCAGCUCCAGUUCACAGCGCAGCCUCAGAGGAAGGGGCCCUAUGAUCUUGAGGCCAUGCACACAGGCGAUGGACGUGCCACGGUCAGGAAAAUACUCGAAAGGGCACCGCAAAUUACUUGGCCAGUUGGUGUUGAUGAGCACGUGUUCCAACUGAACACCUAUUUCCAGGAGCAAUUGCAGCUGCACUUUGCCUGCCCAAGAGCACGCCCCAGGCACCCAGCUCUCUCUGCUACAACCUGGUCCCUGCUUCGGGCAAAGCGGGGGCUCAGGCGGGCUUUCAGACGCAAACGUCACCUGGAUGAGAAGCGUCUUGUCUUUGUUAUUUUGUCGGCAUGGAAAGCUCAGACCAGUGGCGGAGAUGGGCCCCCUUUACAACGCGCCAUCGAGCAGAUCAAAGCAGCUGACAUAGCAGCUGCCAGUUACGGCAAGGCUAUGCGUGCGCUUCAGGCCCGCAUCCGUGCCUCCUUCCGUGCCGAUACUGCCAAUUUCACAAGGUGCAUGUGGAAGGAAGCAAGAGCGGGUGGACCCGCAGAGAUUGCCAAGCUCCUUCGAUCAGUGCUUAAGGCAGGAAGGAGCUACAAGCCCCAACGAACAGCGGUGGCCCUUAGUGUUGGGAAUGAGACAGUGACGGGCCCAAAUGAGGUUGCAGAGGUCUUUGGCAGGACUUUUGCUGUGGCUGAACAGGCCCAUGCCGCGAGCUUCGUCUCCUUGCAAUGUAGGGAGCCGACUGCGCAGGGUAGCAGCAAGCGCUGGUUGGUGGAACAGAUGCCGUCUGUGGUUCAACUUGCAGCGUCCUUUGCUUCCCUCAAGCCAAGAAGGGCUGCAGGCCCCUCAGGAAUUCCUGCCGAUUUCUAUGCAGCGGACCCGCUUGGUUCGGCCCUGCUCCAUGCCCCUGUUGUUCUGAAAUCCCUGACAAGGUCGCGGAUCCCGGUUCUUUGGGGAGGUUGCCUCUCCAGGCCCCUCCUGAAGCCAGGCAAAAGGCCGGAUGAUCCCGCAAGUUACAGGGCUAUAGCCCUACAGGAGCCUGCGUCUAAAGCCGCGCACAAAUCCCUCCGCCCGCACCUGUGUUCCUGCUUUGAAGGCAUUGCGUUGGAUGGUGUCGGGGGGGCAAGGCCACAUUUUGCGCUGGCCGUCCCGGCCUUGACGGUCCAGUCUGCCAUCUCUUUUGCCCAGACCCAUAAAAGGUCCAUCAGUGUGAUCUUCUUCGAUGGGGUCGCUGCUUUCUAUGCUACAGCAAGGUCCAGCCUCUUUGCGUUUGAUAAAAAUGAUCUGGAGCAGGAGCUCCUGCGAGGACCCUUUAACCAGGAAGCCGUCUCAGCCUUUCUUGCGUUCCUGCCAGAGGGUGGUGCCCUGGCGACGGCUGGCGUUAACCCAGCGACCAUUGCAACCUUGCAGGCGUCCAUGUCUCACACAUGGUAUACGACGCUCCUGGACUCCGAACAGGUCUACGAGACGUCCAAAGGCACUGUGCCAGGGGCACCACUGGCAGAUAUACUGUUCCAGUACGUCUUCCACGCUGCAGUUGCGGCCCUUAACUUUCUCCUUCGCCGCCACGGCCUUUCCCUUGGGGUUAGUUACGGGGGUUGCGAUCACACGGCCGAGCCAUGUUCAUGGCUUGAUGACCUCACUGUCAUUAUCCAAGCCGAUGAGGCAUCUACCCUCGUCGAUGCAACAACAAAGGCCGCGCAGUUGACGCAUCAGUGUAUGGGAAUGAUUGGAAUUGAGGUCAACUACGGACCCAAUAAGACGGAGGCCUUGAUGCUGUGGAAGGGCAAAGGCAGCAAGCGAGCGCGUGAUCAAGUGCUCUUGGACCACAACGGAUUGGUUCCUUUGGGCCUUUUGAGUGACUGCCCUAGGUGGUUGAGGUGCACGGAUUGCUACGCACAUCUGGGCACGGCGAGGGCCACCUCAGCCAGUGCUAGCCUAGAUGUUGAUCGGAGGGCUGGGCUUGCCCGGGCGACAUACCAGCCGCUUCGUCGGCGCUUGUUAAGGAACCCCGAGCUCUCUGUCAAAGAGCGAUGCAAUCUGCUGUUUUCGAUUGUUCUGACUUCCUUUACUUACGGUCUUGGGACGUGGCCUUUUGCUUCGGAAUCAGAGCAACGUCAAUUUGCCAGCAAAUAUAUGAUGUUUCUUCGGGGUGCCUGCCGUCCGAUUUUGGGCGUCCCCUGCAGGCGCCUCGAUAUCGAGCAGACCUGCUCGUUACUUGGUGCCCUCACACCACAGGAAGCACUCAUCGAUGCCCGUGUCCGUACCUUCACGCAAGUUGUUGAAAGAGGCUCCCCUUUCCUCCGCGCACUUGUGCUCAGCGAAGGCACUUGGCUGAAUGCUGUGCACAAAGAUAUUGGGGUCCUGGGCCAAGUCCUUCAAUCUCCGACCCUCUUGUCCCUCCAGUCUUCUCAGACUGUGGACCUUUGGGAGGCAUGGACUUUUACUUCCAAGGACACCUCCCGCUUGCUGAAGCGUUUCAAACGUCGAUGCAUCGAGUCGCGUCAAGCCCUCCGAGAUACGGCGUGGCGCAAGGCCUCGCUACAUCAAUGGCUUAGUGACAAUGGGUGCACCUUUGUCCGAACUGGUGAGGUUGGAGAUCCUGUGCGCUCAUUCCCCUGCACUGAUUGCGGUUUGUGCUUUCGUUCAGCUGCGGCGUGUGCGGCACACCGCAGUGCACUCCACCUCCACAAAUCCCCGGCAUCUUUUGGUUUUGGAACGGCGUGCCAGAUUUGCCGCAAGCAAUACUGGACGAGAGACAGGCUCAGAGAUCACCUUCGGCGCUCAUCUCGCUGCGCGAUGGUUUUCGAACACUGCGACAUCGUCGAAGACGCUCCAACCCAGAAGGAUGCCAAACGCUGCGCCCUACCGGUGGCGGAUUUGAUCGGGCCACAGCCAUGGUGGGCUACCUUGGUUCCUAGCUCAGCCAAGGAAAGCCCACCCACUCCUACCCCUCCAACGGAAGGUCAUGACAUCUUCGACAGAUUCCGGGGAUGUAUGGACUACAACCUGUUUUUGCUUCAUAGGAAGAGGGUAGUCGAGAAUGGCACUGGUGUAGAGAUGCAGCACUUUUUUGAAAGCCAGGACUCUGGCACGGCUGAAUGGCGAUUGGCCAACAGCGUAGCAGCUGCAAUCGGGAGGGAGGAGCUUGGUCUUUUCGUACAGAAUGAUCUUGCAGCCCUGAUUUGCAGCAAUUUUGUGUUGUUUGGUCCACACCGUGCAAUUUUGCUUGCCGGGAAGGAGGACCUUACUGUACUCUAG